AUGAUUAGUAUAAAUCCUUUACGUUGCAAAGUUUCAAUCGUUAUUUUGAUUUUUUUAAUAUAUAUUACGAUGCAUCAUGAAUAUAGAUCAUAUCAUAAUGAGUAUUUAAGAUUUCCUUUCAGUAAAUAUAACCAAAGAAAAUUAAUGGAGAUGCAGAAGGAGAAUUAUAAAUAUACAAAUACAAAUGCUAUAUUUGAAACAGAUAAUGAUUAUAAUAAUUUUAAAAAAAAAUUAAAUAAUAUUCUUCUAAUACUAAAAAUAGGGACAAUUAUUGCAAAUAAAAUGCCUGAAUACUUUGAAAUAAAAUUUGAUAAAAUAAAUAAUUGUAAAAAUAUAAUGAAUCAAGAGGAACAAAAACAAUGUAAGUCAUUUACUCUUAUGAAGCAUUACGAUCUGUGUUAUCAGAAUAAGGAAUGGGUAAUGGAGAUAGUAGAGUAUUCAUUAAAUUAUAUAGAAAGACUUAUUAAUAUUCUUAAUAAAGAAUUAUAA